AUGGAGGGAGAAAAGUGGUCACCUAGAGCUAAACAUCAAAAAAUUGUUGAGUUGGAUGACAUUCCAGUGGAAAUCACGGGUUACUCUCCGUCUCGAUUUCGGACUAUUUUUGCUUACCUUGGCAUGUUUAUAACAUGUGGUCUGUUAAGACUUGUUUUUCAUUGGUUUCCCCACUGGAUGCUGAUGUGCAUGAAUAAAAAAUGCAGUUUGCUCGAGGCUGAGAAAAUUCUUGUCAAGGAUGCAUAUGGUAUUUACUACAUACAUGAUGUGCUUGUUGAUACGAUUGAAGGGAUCAGGAAUAACGCUGAUAAUGGCUGCACCCUUAAGUCUGGAUCAUCCAUGAGAUCUCAUAUGGCAUGUCAAAGAAACGAUGAUGGAAAAAUUUGUUAUUUUAUGCACAAGUGCCUGAAAUACAUUUGGAACAAUAGAACUAAUCAUUUCGAGCCUCUCAGAGGUUGGCACGAAGCUCCAUACAAAGAGGUUUUCUAUUCUAAACCUCUAAAUAAUGAGACAGUAAUUAGGCGUCGUGCUUUGUAUGGGAUAAACGAAAUAAGUAUUAGCCUCACUCCUAUCGUUAAAUUACUUCUCGAAGAAUGUUUCAAUCCGUUCUAUUGUUUCCAAAUAUUCAGCUGCAUCUUGUGGUAUUCAGAUGAGUAUUGGAUGUAUGCUACUUGUAUCGUCGUUAUUUCUGUAAUGUCUCUUUCUUGGCAAGUUUAUGAACUGCGUAGAAACGAGCGAACUCUCAAAGAGACUAUGUGCAUAUCUUCUACUGCAAUUGUUUGUAGAGAAGAAGGCGGCACUGAAGUAUUCAGUGAAGUGGAUUCGUCAUCUUUGGUUCCUGGUGAUCUAAUUGAAAUUCCACGUAAUGGAUGCUUGGUUCACUGUGAUGCUGUUUUAUUAGCUGGAAAUUGUAUAGUGAAUGAAAGUACCUUGACCGGUGAAAGUGUUCCAGUCACUAAAGUUCCAUUACCUGAUAGUCCAUCGAAAGAUAGUAUGUUCGAUAUCAAAUUGUAUAGUCGACAUAUUUUAUUUGCUGGAACAACAGUUAUUCAGACAAGAAAUUAUGCCGAUGAACGCGUAAUGGCUGUGGUUGUACGUACCGGCUUUAAUACAAUUAAAGGCGAACUUGUACGAUCAAUACUCUUUCCAAAACCGCUGAAAUUCAAAUUCACUCAGGAUGCUUUUCGUUUUGUUAUCGCUUUGUCUGUUCUUGCUAUUAUCGGAUUAGCAUUUUCAGUCUAUUUAAUGGUAAAAGCCAAUGUUGGUAUUGGGGAUAUUAUACUGCGUGCAUUGGAUCUUGUUACGAUUGUUGUCCCACCAGCACUGCCUGUAGUCAUGACCGUGGGUAUUGUUCUUGCUCAACGACGUCUACGCUCAAGUGAAAUAUUCUGUGUCAAUCCAAGUGUCAUCAAUGUCUGUGGAGUGAUUAAUGUUGCUUGUUUUGAUAAGACUGGUACUUUGACUGAAGAUGGCUUGGAUAUGUGGGGUAUCAUACCGUAUGAAGAUGGUCUAUUCGGUGAUCCAGAACUGGAUCCAUCACAGAUAGAAAUUGGUCCAUUAAUGGAAUGUUUAGCUACGUGUCAUUCAUUGACACUGAUCGAAGGAGUUCUCUCCGGUGAUCCUGUUGACUUAAAAAUGUUUCAGUCGACUAAAUGGGAAUUUAUUGAAGAAGCUUCUGAUCAUUGUAAGUUUGAAAUGGCUGUCCCGGCUAUUGUACGUCCUUCAAGUGCAAACAGCGUGAAGAAGAACGUUUCAAAAGAAGUUGAAAAUGACGAUAUUCCAUAUGAAGUGGGCAUUUUACGUCAAUUUCCAUUCAGUUCAUCGUUACAACGUAUGUCAGUCAUUGCUCGUGCAUUGAAUCGAAAUCAUUUCAGUAUAUACACUAAAGGUGCACCAGAGACAAUUGAACAAUUAUGCAGAUGUGAUACGAUUCCAAGUGAUUUUCAUUCAACAUUAUUGGAAUAUACUCGUGAAGGUUAUCGAGUGUUAGCGCUAGCCUGGAAACCACUGAAAGCAAAUUAUGCAAAAGUGCUACGUGUUCCAAGAGAACGGGUUGAACAGGAUUUAUUGUUUCUUGGUUUACUUAUCAUGGAGAAUCGAUUGAAACCGGAGACAACUCAAGUGAUUCAAACAUUAAGAUAUGCUAAUAUUCGACCUGUUAUGGUGACCGGUGAUAACAUGCUGACAGCAUUAUCAGUCGCACGGGAUUGUGAAAUGAUUGACGAAUUAGACCGGAUAAUUCUUGUAUCAGCGAAACCUCCACCUUCUUCAUUUCAUCAGUCACCUGACAUACAUUUAGUUGCAAAUAAUCCAACUGAUAUAUCAACGCAAUCAUCCAAUAAUGUCUCUUCAAAUCAACAAAAUAUCUACUGUGUUAAUCCUUCAGCGCUUUCUGCACAUAUGAUACAACCGGAGAAGAAUAAACCACACGCUCGUUCAAGUUUCAAUGCAACAAGUUGUUCUUUAUAUCAAGAGAAAUUUUUUGAACAACAACAACAGCAACAAGAUGAUUCACUAGUUGAAUUUCAUUAUGCAGAGGAUUUACACAGACCUGUAACAGAAGUAACCGCUACAACUGAAACAUCAUCAACACGGAAUUAUAAAUCUCAACGUGCUACAACUAGUUCAUCGACAAAUGAUAAAGAUAUAUCUCAUUCAUCGUUAAGAGAAUUUAAAAAAUCUCGAAAAUGGAUGCGUCGUAUAUGCAAAGGUGCUCCGUGUUUGCCAUCAGAUAGUGCAUGUCACUCUACGCCUGCUUCAAGCCCGUUAACUGAUGUCACACAAGUACCAAAUGUCUCUUUGAGUGAUCAGUCCCGAUUGGAUUCAUCCAAUGAGCAAAAACAUCAACAUAAAAAUCAGCAAUAUCAACCGAUAAACGGUAUGUCAUGCCUAAGGGGUAGACAUCAGUCGACACCAGUGAAAACACCUCAUCCUGUCUCCAUACGUAUGCUUGAUCGACCCGAUUUCCAUCUGGCUAUGUCGGGUAAAACUUGGGCUAUCAUACGAGAACACUAUCCUUGGCUUAUACCGAAGCUUGUAGUCAAAGGUACUGUGUUCGCACGAUUUCUACCUGAACAAAAAGCUCAAUUGAUUGAAGCCCUCCAGUCGGUUGGUUAUUUUGUUUCAAUGUGUGGUGAUGGUGCUAAUGAUUGUGGUGCACUGAAGGUGGCACAUGCUGGAAUUGCAUUAAGUGAAGCUGAAGCCAGUGUUGCUAGUCCUUUUACAUCAAAACAACAGAAUAUCAGUUGUGUUCUAACACUUAUUCGUGAAGGCCGUUGUGCGUUAACUACUAGUUUUGGUGCAUUUAAAUUUAUGGUUGGCUAUUCAAUGAUUCAAUUUUUUUCAGCCAUCCUUUUGUAUUAUAUUGGCAGCAAUAUUUCAGAUUUUCAAUUUUUAUACAUUGACUUUUUUCUUAUCACAACUCUUGGUUUAACAUUUGGCUAUACCCCUGCCUAUCCCCGCCUGUCUGUGGAACCUCCUGGAAUGCGAUUAUUAUCCACUGUAACAUUAUUAUCUCUGGGUUUACAAUUGUUCACUUGUGCUCUUGUACAGUUCGCUGUAUUCACAAUCGUUAGAAUGCAACCAUGGUAUUUGCCUCUGAAUACAUAUCAUGAAGACUAUGAAUUACUGAACUAUGAAAGCACUGCGGUAUUUACUGUAUCCGUGUAUCAGUAUAUCAUAUUGGCUAUUGUCUUCUCUAAAGGAGCACCCUAUCGUCGAUCGAUUUUCUCUAAUUAUAUAUUUCUUUGCAACGUCGCUGUAUGCGUCGCUGCGUCUCUGUAUCUAACCUCCCACCCAACUCAUAUUAUUCGUCACUUAUUCGAGCUUUGUCGAAUACCUUCAGUUGUUUUUAUACUUAUCCUGCAUGGAAUAGCUCUUGGGAAUUUGUUAUUUGGAUGUAUUUUAGAGUCUAUUGUAGACGGUGUAUCAUUUCGUCAACGUAUACGUCAUAUUCGACUAGCCCUGUUCCCUAGACAUGUUGCACGUAAAGAUUAUGAACGUAUACGUGAUGAAAUUGAUCGUUUGGCUGGUGUAUGGCCACCAAUUAUACGAUCUGCAAGUGUACAAGCAUUACCAAGAGAACUUUUCAAUGAAUCUAAUGUUAACGCAGAAGCUGCAUCACAAUUAAAUUAUUCAAGAAAACGUUAUAAUUCUGGACUUUCAACAGAUAGUGAAGAUGAUAAUGAUGGUGAUAAUGUUUCAAUUGGUUCUCAUGUGAAAGCUGUAUUAUAUAAUAAUGUGAAUGAUACUACUCCAACUCACUUUCUACCGACGUCUGACAAUCCGCCAAAAAGUGCUAUAGAGAACCCUACUCGUAAGAAUCGAACACGUUCCACCAUUGAGGUAAGGAGGGCAGUUUCGAUCAGUAGCCAUAGACGACAUUCUUUUCAUACUGGUGAUCUUGACAGGAAAGAAGCAAAACGUUCUACUUCAAGAGAAGAUGCUCCAAAACAAUACACACCCAUAGUCUCCAAGGUAUCAGACGAUGAACAUGUACGAUCUCACAGUGGACGUAGACAUGAUACAUAUAAACAUCUUGUUGAUGCUCAACCUCAACUGAAUCCAUUCCAUUCAUCUACAAAUUGCUGACAGUUAGUAUGAGAAAAAAGUUAUUGAUUCGCUUUUUUCCUUAUAUGCCCUUCGUCUUUCG